AUGACAUCUCAACUGUUCAACGAUUGGCUACAACAACUUAACAGACAGAUGCGGCGACAGCGAAGAAAAAUCCUGUUGUUUAUUGACAACGCACCAUCCCACGGUCAAGAUCUAAGUGUGAGCAACGUAACGGUGAAAUUUCUCCCUGCUAACACCACUUCAGUGCUGCAGCCAUUAGACCAGGGUAUUAUCAAAGCUUUCAAAGCACGAUACCGAAAGUAUCUGAUGCGAUCACUCAUUUCGCGGAUGGAAGACUGUGCAAGCGUGACCGAGCUCUGCAAGGCAAUCACGGUUCUGGAUGCAGUAAACUGGAUUAACGCAGCAUGGAAGGAAACCCAACAAACAACAAUCGCCAAGUGUUUUAUGAUGUGCGGAUUUCCUGUCACCUCCGAGCAGGAAUCUGAUGAUGAAAAUGAUGACAACAUUCCUCUCGCUACAUUGCUAGCCACCAUCUCAAGUGAAGUUCCAGUGGCUGAGUUUGUUAAUUUCGAUCACGAUAUUCCCACAGAGGACCCGGAUGCGAGUGACUGGGAAACUCAACUAGUGGCGGCGCACAAAUCUACCGACAAAGGUGAGGAAAAACCAGCAGACGACAGCUCAGACGAUGACAACACAGAGUUGGACACAAUGCCUGAACUAAAUUAUGCCGAAGUGCUAAAAAUUAUAAAACAAGUUAAAAACUUUGCGGCAACUAAAGAAAAUAGACUUUUACAACCAGUUUUAAACUUGGAAGUCAUGACAGAAGAGUUUGCCCUUGAAAGAAACAUCAGGAACAAACAGACAGCAGUGACAGACUAUUUCUCAGGUGAAACUCGAUAA